AUGUUUAGGUUAUGAUUACGUAUUUAAAAUAAUAUUACAUAAACGCGCUGUGAUGUCAACGUUUCAGGUUUAUGAAACCGUUUGCCAACAUGUAGUAACUGACUUAUGCUGAAAUUUUACGGAGGAUACGACUGUCCUAUGUUCGUUUAUCUCAUGUUAAAGUUCACACACUUGUAAGGAAAUAAUACCGUUAUGAUCUCGUUCCAUUGUGUGCAAUAUCUUCGAGUCUGUUACAUAACCGGACAGCUCUGCCUCCAGCGAUAGCUUUGUUAUGCUUGUGAACUAUGUAAAUAUCACCAUCAUAAUACAGAAGUCUCAUUGUGUUGAAAUUAAACAUUGCUAUUUAGCAUUACGGAUAAUGUUUCAGUAAUAAUGUAUGUAGAACGUUUUCCUCUUAAUGGGUCAAGCUAAAUAGGUAGGCGUUUGGUCGAACUAGUUUCAGAAUGUUCUUAUAUAACGUCUGCUUGAACACUAGAUUUAGUUUCAGUCGAUAGUAUUAUUUUUAGGGAAUUGAUAGAUGCGCUAGAUAAUUAAACUUGCUGAUAUUUAAUAUGUGAACAGCAGACAAGAUUUUUCAUUUAAGCAAAAGUGUGAUCAACACAAAAAAAGUUACAAAAACACGUCAUUGCCUUCUGAGUAGUUACUCUCAUAUAAAACGUUAAUUUUUAUUAAUUGGGUGGACCUUUGUAAAGUUACACAUACAUACAUAUAUGUGUAUAUAUAUCAGUCAUGGGGUACAGCUGAUUCAGAGGUGACCCGAGUAUGAGUGUGAGUGUUGCCAACAUAUUGACGACAUCCUUAUUUUUAUUAACGCUUUGAGUGCGUCGACCGUACGCCUCCGCAAGUGAACUGUGCGUGUGGCCUCGGCAUCAUUUCUAUUUCUAUAGACCUUUUACACUAGCUAUUCUUCGAUUAGUUUAAAUUUUUAUCGUUAUCAUAAUCCUCUUUUAAAUACAAGAUAAAAAACCUGAAAUGAAAAACAAAUAAGUUAACGUUCUUUAAAUUGAUAGUAUUUUAAAUGUUCACUCAGUUUUUACUUUCAUUACGCUAGUUAAGUUUACUGUAGGUUUUUAUUACAGUACAAAAAAUAUAUUGUCUCUGUCGUCAAUCCAUUCCAUUAGCAAUGUACUUGUGGUCUGUUCAUUAUCGAAUCUAUGACGUCCGACCCAUUAUCAUGUAUCUAGAUUAAAACGCGAAUGAUUAAAACUCAAACAGUUUCAAGUGCACGUACACAAUUUCACGUUCGGUGUAUUUUGGUGUUCUGAUGUGACUUCUCAAUACCUGGUACCGGUUUCCAUGUUAUAUAAUUAUGAGUGGAGGAAGAUCGAGACCGCGUCCACGACGUCGGGACGUUCUCCAAGACAGGCAGCAGGAUUUGCUAUUCUCAUGGAACGACGAGCUGUGCAAUAGCGAGGAGGUGCCUGAAGUAGAGAUCAUCAGCCUCCUUCAGGAACACAUACCAAAGUACCGACUGCGAGCUGACAGCCUCACUCAAUUUGGAGGAUACGAAAAUCAAGAUUGGUUCAUACCUUCACCAGCACUACCCGUCAGCCAGGAAGACCUUGCACUAACACCUGACCAGAUCAGGGAGACGCUCAACUAUUUCCUUCUAUGCAGCAACAGGGUGAGCCAAAUGACAAAAACCUACAAUGACAUCGAAGCGGUAACACGGCUCUUAGAAGAGAAAGAAAAAGAUUUAGAGCUGACUGCUCGUAUCGGCAAGGAAUUGCUGGCUGCCAACGGUCGGCUGGAGGCUCGUGUGACCGCCUUGGAGACCGAACUAAGAGGGGCGAGGGAUCACAUCACACAGCUGCGGCACGACCUUACUGCUAAGAGUGAUCUACUGCAGAUAUUAACAAACGACACAGAGGAUGGUUCGCCAACAGCUGAGGAGCAAGAGGCGGCUACUGCGAUCGCUCUGAAGAAACGCACAGGCGCCCUGGAGAGGGAGAACAGGGCGCUCAGGGAUGAGGCGGCGCGCCUCGCAGCCGGAGCUGACAGCGCCGAGCUCGCUGAGAGACAACUCCUCAGGGACAUCGCCUCACAGCUUUCGAGUGCUAACUCUGAAGCAUCGGUGUUAAGUUCGGAGUUAGCUGAAGAACGCCAACGUUCCGCUGAUCUCCAGCAUCAAUUGGAUUCAACCAGCGCAAGGCUCGCGCUCAGUGAACGAAGCUUACAACAGUUGACCGUAGAACACGAGCACACUAUACGAAUAUUGGAAAUCACAAAAGAUAAUCAAAAUGCGCUCGCAUCAGAAUUGGCAGACGCUAAGGAGCGGUAUGCAGAGGUGGCAGCACUCUUGGCGGAGGCACAGGAGCAGCUCCGCGCGGUCCGUCGUCGCGGUGAGAGCACCCGCGGCCUCAUGCCCUCCGUGGCCGCCGCUGCCGGUCUCCUACCAGCCAGCCUACAUCGUGAGAUGCACUCCUCCGUGUACUCCGAGCUCAGUCUCGACUCGGGUAUCGGAGACCCGCUCGCACAUUCAAGCAUGCAGAAGGUGUUUGAAACGGUGCAGUGUGCAUCUCGCUGGUCGGGUGCUUCACUGUCUGGCUCCGAGGACGAUGUCGCUCCCCGCGUCUUCAAGCCGGUUCCUAAAACCACCUCCGACUCCUUUUUUGAAGAUACAUCGGACACCGAGUCUGAGGAUUUGUACCCCGGUAACGCAGCAGUCGGCGUUCCUGGAGCACCGGGUGCCGCGGAGCUAGCAGCGGCCCUGAGACGUCUCACUCCACAAGAGAUCAAUUCGCGGCGCGCUUCACUAGCGGCGUCGCAUUUGCUACAUCAACGACGACGAUCUGAUAGGGAUGCCAGUGAAGAGAGUGCGGUAUGGGGAGCAGGUGCGGCAGGCGGGAUCGCGAGGUUCCGCGCUCCUCAUAAGUUACAGAUCGUUAAGCCUAUGGAAGGCUCCCUUACGCUGCACACUUGGGCUCAGCUCGCUAAGCCUAAUAUGUCUGGCUUAUUAGAAGAGCAAGAAGGUGUUGGUGUGAGGGGCUCACGAUCUGCACAAUCGUUAGGCAUGAGGGUAUACAGGUUAUCGGAUGUAGAAGAAGAUGAUGACAUGCCGCGGCUACCACACUCCAGUCAUAUAUACACAUAUACGAACAGCACGGUCUUACAUCCGAACGAUGGCAGCCUCGUAGGUAGCAGCGUGAGCAGCGUGUGUAGCAGCGGUAUGAGCAGUCUAUCCAGCAGUGUGCUGGGCAGCGCCUGGAGUUCGCGCCUCACAUCACGCCGGUCUUCCGCCGCGGUGUCACCGGUUCACUCUCGCCGAGAGUCGCUAUGCGUUCCAGUCCAGCGCUCACACUUCACACCGACGGCCACACCCGCUAACAGCCCCCUGUUAGGCUCGCCGGAUUCUUCACCUCCUCCCACACCGCGGCCUGGGGACGCCCCGCCCUCCCUGCAUGCUUUGAUAGCGAGCGGUACAUCAAUCCUUCGGCGGCGAUACCUAACUUCUCCGAACUCCGACGGUUCACCGGCCCCGCUCGCUCUGCAAACCCCGGGUUCUCUUUAUAUGGGUCUCGUCCAUCGCAGUCCGAUGGAACAGCUGACGUGCCUGAAGAGAACGCUUCGAUCGCCCGCUGCCGCGCCCUCCGAACGGUCGGAUGACGCGGAUGCUCCACUGGGGGUGCCCGCUCACCCGGGUGAGGGAGCCCUAGACGUGGCUGCCUCGAUGGGGUUGGGAUGCGUGACGGGGCCUUCAAACGGAGCGCGGAGGCCACGAGUAAGAGCACCUCGACCCCGUACCGACUUGGGCACGGUGGGAACGGCGCCCGCCGCUAAUAAUGUACCAGCGCAUUCAUCUCCCCUGGGCACUCUCAGCACUUUUCUCUUCGGUCGGAAAGGUGGCCUUCUGUGAGGGUGUCCAACCCGCCUGUGCGACGGACAGAGCUUCCAUGAGUCACACAAACUCCCCCGUUCGCACAUGACGGGUCGGGGCGUCGCCGAACUGAAUCGGAUUAUAUUUGAUACGUCGCCUUAAUGAUUUUCUUACUUGUGAUUUAGAAUUAGGAAGUAUACUUUUGUUUAGAACGUUAUACCAUGUGAGGUACCGAUCAUUAGAGUUUAAGUGUAAAUGUGGAUAUCAUCAAUAACGUGGUGUAUUAUUUUACGUUUUGAGACGUUUAUGUUCGUGAUUUUAUUUGUUUUGACGUUGUUCGUUUUGUAUUAUAUUUAUUAGAAAAUUGAUAUUUUGCAUUUAUAUACUUGGAUACAAUGAUGAAUCUUAUAUGAUCUUAAUUAAGUAAAAAAUAAUAAAAAAAAGUUAUCUGUGCAAAAAGAACAUACAGCAUUUUGAAAUCUUUUUACACAUUCCUUAUAGAUCAACUUUGUAUGAAACAAGUAUAACUAAAUAUCCAUUUGCAGUCUACAAGCUGUCAAAGUUCAAAUCAAUUCUAUUUUGUUGGGAAUAUUAUAGAUCAUUAAUAUUUAACCUAAUUAUAAUCAAUGAAACAUUAUCAUCACAUUUGCUCAUAUACAUAUUGUCUUGUAAAAUUAUACAAGUUUAUUUGGUCACUGUAGUGUAGUUUUGGUUCUAAGAUAGUGUAUUGGGAAUGCUAUCUAUAGUUAUUAUUUUUGAUAAUAUGGUAUGAUUACAUUAUCAUUUAAAAUAUAGUUAUUCAAAACUAAGUAUUAGUUCAUGCAUCAAUCGGUAAACAAUUAAUUGGGUUUCAAGUAAAAUAGGAGAGUACAAACUAUUUGUUUACUUAAUUCAUAGGAUUAGUUAUAAUGAACAUAUUAAUAAUUCUUUUUUCUUUUUAAGAUUGCUAUAACGAAAAAAAAAAUUAUAAAAAUUUUCAAUGUAAUAUAUUAUCUGUAUAAUUUUCCAAAAGGGUUUCAAAAGAUUGAUGGUACAUGUUUGCAACAGAAGAGAUUUAUUCUGAAUUUCCUCUUAACACUAUAGAAAAUAAGUUUAGUUGAAAUCUAUGAAUGUUCUGAUAGCUUUAUUAUUUAUUAACAUUUUAUUUUUCAUUGGGGAGGAGAAGUUAAUUCGAGUCAUUAUGUAAAAACAUAACAAGUUCAACGUUUCCUAGUUUCUUUGUCAUUUAAAUAACGUUAGUGCUAUCAGCUUCUCCUACCCCAUCGGUGCUAGGUAUCAACUAUGCCAGUGAGGUUUCCUGUGUGAGCAAUCGCACGAAUUUAGUAUAGAAUGAUUGCAAAAUCAAUAGGCAAAUAGGGUAUUAUUGAAUUUUGUUUAUGCUUUAAUUAAAAGCUAUAAGAAAAAAAAACUUAAUGGUCACUAAUUGAGAUAGUGAAGGCUGUGAGGGGAUACGAUUGUUUUUUAAUUCGAUCUACUUAAUACAGUAUAAGGCACAAAACUGUAUAAUAUAACGGUAAUUGUUGAGAAUUGACGAUAAAAAUUAUGAUAGCAAUGAUUGUAUUAUAAUAGAAAUAUAAUUUAUUCCACAAUUAAAAA